GCCAUCGUUCUAACGGUUAGCUAAACGCGUUGACGCCCAUUUCGUGCGAUACUUGUUUGCGACGUUGGCAAGUUGUUCUCAUCUACCUCAUCUCUUAUCACCAGGAAAAGUCUAUUCUCCUUGACAGAUACACAAUAUUCACUCAACAUGCCGAAAGCGGUCAAUGUGCGCGUCACGACGAUGGACGCUGAGCUGGAGUUCGCCAUCCAGCCGACGACGACGGGCAAGCAGCUUUUCGACCAGGUGGUGAAGACGAUUGGCCUGCGUGAGAUCUGGUUUUUCGGCUUGCAGUACGUUGACAGCAAGGGACUGACGACGUGGCUCAAGUUGAAUAAGAAGGUAGUAAGUCAGGACGUUCGGAAAGAGAGUCCAAUGCAGUUCAAAUUCAGAGCGAAAUUCUUUCCCGAAGACGUCACUGAGGAAUUGAUCCAAGAAGUGACACAACGUUUGUUCUACUUGCAAGUGAAAGAAUCAAUUCUAACCGACGAGAUCUACUGUCCACCUGAGACUGCCGUUCUUUUGUCAUCUUAUGCUGUGCAGGCAAAGUAUGGUGAUUAUAACAAGGAUGUUCAUGCUGCAGGCUUCUUGGCGAAUGACAGAUUGCUUCCUCAGAGAGUGAUAGACCAACACAAACUGAGUAAAGAUCAAUGGGAGGAGCGUAUCGUCAACUGGUACGCAGAACACAAAGGAAUGCUCAGAGAAGAUGCCAUGCUGGAAUACCUCAAGAUAGCUCAAGACCUCGAGAUGUAUGGCGUCAACUACUUUGAGAUCAAGAACAAGAAGGGCACCGAUUUGUGGCUCGGUGUUGAUGCUCUUGGUCUGAAUGUGUACGAGCACGAGGAUCGUUUGACACCGAAGAUUGGGUUUCCGUGGAGCGAGAUCCGUAACAUAUCUUUCAAUGAUAAGAAGUUUGUAAUCAAGCCGAUUGAUAAGAAAGCACCCGACUUUGUAUUCUACGCUCCAAGACUGCGUAUCAACAAACGAGUUCUUGCUCUUUGUAUGGGUAACCACGAGCUCUACAUGCGUCGUCGUAAACCAGACACCAUUGAGGUUCAGCAGAUGAAGGCUCAAGCGAGGGAAGAGAAGCAUCAGAAACAGAUGGAGAGAGCACAAUUGGAGAAAGAGAAGCAAGCGAGGGAAGAUGCAGAAAAGGAUAGAGCAGAGCUGGAGGCAAGACUGAAGCAGUAUGAAGAAGAAGCACUGAGUGCUCAAGAAGCUCUGAGACUUUCAGAAGAGUCUGCAAAGUUGCUGGAAGAUCAGGCACGUCAAGCUGCUGAAGAUGCAAAGCAAGUACAAGAAGAAAGAGAACGAGUGGAGAAAGAGAAGGAAGAAGCACGACUCAUGGUAGAAUCAGCCUUGAGUGAAAAAGAGUCUCUAGCAGCUAAAGCACAGCAAGAAGAAGAAAAGGCUGCAGAAAUGGCUCGUAAUGCUAAGGCGAAGGCUGAAGAAGCAGCUAGACUGCAAGAGCAGCUGGAAGCUGCACGCAAGGAAGCAGAGAGGGCUCGCCUACAUCAUCAAACAGUAACAGCAACUCCACCUUCCAUGCUUGUCAAGGAAUCUGAUCAAACUGAACAUGAAGACACAGCAGAGGGAAGCUCAGAACUCGUGAUGGACAGCAACGUGCAGGGCAUAGGAAGUGAGCUUGAACGAGUCUCUCAGGCCGAGAAGAAUAAACGAAUACAAGAGCAGCUGAAGACUUUAUCCAGUGAACUGUCGGAGUCGAAGGACGAGUCAAAGACGUCACACAUGGAUAAGCUCCACAUGGACAAUAAGAGGAAGGGAAUAGACAAGUACAAGACAUUGAAGCUGAUCCGGGCAGGCAACACCAAGCAGCGCGUUGAUCAGUUCGAGAACUUAUAAAGCAACAGACCACAUAAUCCGGUGCUAAUCAUGUUAUUCACUGAAACCGUGGGCAUCCUUCCUUGCCCCCUUUUUAUCAUUCGUGUGUAUGGCUUGGUGUCGCAACCGUAGUGUGUAUGUGUGUGCGUGUGCAUGUGUGACUGCUGGUCGAGACUUGCGUUUUUGUAGCUGUCAAAUUGUCUAUUUUUUCACUAACAAGUGCAUGUGUUUCAUUGAUUUAAAUAGCAUGUCUUGUAUGGUUCA